UUAGUCGUCGUUUCAGCGUUUUGACAACCGGCCCGAGUAGGAUGUGGUUUAGAGGAGACCACACGGACAGGACAGCUGGUACAAUAGGAAAAUAACGAGUGUAAGUGUAUCUACACCCACCUCAGGCCAGGUUUACAUACCGGAGACACAGUUGGCGGUGACGGCGACUGACUGACUUGACUUAUGUACAGCCACAGGCCCAGUCGGAGGAUGCGCGAGCACCUGCGGACCGCCAUCAACAAGAAAUCCCAGCAUUCUCACAAGCAAAAGAAAAGAGAGAAAAGAAACAAGAACCCUAGGGACGGCACUAAUUUGCUCUCAAUUUUCUGUUACUGGUGGUUGGUCGGACUUUUCAGAAAGGGCAAGAAAAAAGAGCUGCAGCCCGAGGACAUCUACGAUGUUCUGGACGGCCUUGAAAGUAAUCAGCUGGGCGAGCGUUUGGAGAGGGGUUGGACGAAUGAGCUGCUAUUUUCAAUGGACACUUCCCGUGAACCGAGGGUCACUAAGGCAAUUUGGUUUGCAUUUGGGGCUUCUUUUGUCAUUCUUACGGCCAGCCUGCUCUUCGUGGAGGCCCUAUACAUUUGCCAAGGAAUGGUACUGUACUGGUAUGUGCUCUCGUCAGUAUCUCAAGAGUAUCUACUCUCUCUCUCCGUCUCGUCAGCGCUCUCUAUCAUGCUGCAUCACGGGUGGAACGCUAUCGCCAUGACAGUCGGCACCCAACUCCGCAUAUCCUGCCACAGUCUGCUGUGUAAGAAGCUACUCAAGUUGGAUGCCAAUUACAACAGGGUGAAAGACAUCAAUGAGAAGAUGGGUCAGGUGACUGAAGGUCUGGUGCUGGCAGAGCUAGCCAUGGUCAAGGCACCGUACAUUCUGAUUGGACCGUUCUACGCCCUGUUCGUGCUCAUAGUUCUGUGGGUAUACUUCGACAGAACAGCUGUGGUAGGGGUAGUUACUCUUCUUGCCGUUCUCAUACCGCUGCUGGUAAUGAGUCGUGAGCUGGCAGGUCGUAUUCUGAGUCAGUGUCUUCCAGCGAAGCGGGAAAGACUCUUCCUUCUGGAGGAGGCAGCCACUGGAAUGUUCCAGAUAAAGCAGCGCUCUUUGACAGAGGUUGUGCAGAACAAAAUUUCCAGUGUUAGAAGAAAAGAGGGUGUGGCCAUGGGGUACAACGCUGUUCUACACACUAUGGUGGCCUCCAUACAAGCUCAUGGUCCGAAUAUCAUGAUUCUGCUGUCAGUCACCGUAUAUACCCUGGCUCAGCAGACAUUCAGUGAGGAGGAUGCGUUCCUCAUUUUGUGCCUGGUUCAGACCCUAGCCAACCCUCUGUGCAUCAAUCUGCCUAUGGGCUUCAGUCUUCUGACCAAGUUGACCAGCACCAUUCAGGUGCUUCAGGAGUUGUUGGUGAUGGUCGACUGUCCGGAGGUGGGUAAGUACGACAGUGAACUGCCGGCGGACCUGAGGAUCUCACUGGCGGGAGCAACCGCCGAGUGUUUCUCCAACGGCCCAAUCACCCUCAGCAAGAUCAGCUUCGACGUCAAAGAGGGUCAGAUACUGUCAGUUGUCGGACCAUGGCGGGCUGGGAAGACCCCACUUCUCUACCUUCUCCAAGGGGAGAUAGACGCCUGCUCGGGGACGGUAGGGAUCCGUGGUCGCACCGUCUUCUGUCCCCAUACCCCGUGGUUGCUACCAGCUGCUUCAGUAAGAGACAAUGUCAUCUGUGGCAAACACAUCAACGAUCAGAGACUGAAGCUGGUUCUGGAGGUGUGUGGGCUGGUCAGAGACAUCCAGGAGUUGCCCAAGGGAGACAUGACCAUCAUCGGGACUGACGACGGAGUGUCUCUCUCCCUUCAGCAAAUUUCCAAAAUCAAUCUGGCAAGAACGUUGUAUCACGAAUGUGACAUCUACUUGUUGGAUGACCCGUUCCGGUGGCUUGGCAGACAAGUGUCUGAUCGCAUCUUCACUCGCUGCAUCCUACGUCUGCUCAAGGACAAGACCGUCAUCCUAGUCACUGACAAACAUCGCCAUAUCGUCAAAUCCGAUCAGAUCAUCGCCCUCAAGAAUGGUAAAGUGGAGGGCUAUGGCAAGUUUGAGGAGUUGGUGACCACCAUCGCGAGUCUGGAGGAGUCGUCGGACUUGACCUCGGAUGACCUUGACACAGACAACGAGGACUCGGACAUGGAUGAACCCUCCAACACCUCCACCAACAACAAGCUGAACAUUGUCGAGUGCUCCUACAAGUACUGCCGCCGGUACUCCUACUAUCCCCAACCUCAAAGUCCGGUGAUGAAGACGGCGUCGACGGUGGGGACGAAAGGCACCGGGACCCCCCAGGACUCACAGGAAGACGUGGUGGUGCGACCGAGCUUGACUGCGGUGCUGAGGGUUGUGGCGGGGUCUUGCAGCAAGGUGGGGCUGGCUCUUACUGCUAUAGGUCUGCUGCUAGCCCAAGGCCUCCUCACCACCUGGGACUACUGCUUCAUAGUAGGACUGAGUAACAACAGCAGCAGUAUGUGGGAUCAUUGGUUGAAAAUACCACUCAACGAGGAGGAUACUCCACUGCCAGCUCUCUGGUAUUUGUCAACUGGUGCUGUUUUAACAGGCGUGGCGGUCAACUACAAUGUGUCAUUAAUGUUGAACAGGGCUGCCAACUGCAUACACGACUGUCUGGUCAAAUCCUUCCUCCACUCUCCCAUCACAAUCUUAGACCAGCAGAUAUUGAACAAAAUAUUCAGCUGUCUCUCACAAGAUGUCAGGGUUCUGGACGAGUUCUUAGUUCCAGCAUUUCUCAACUUGUCACAGCAUUGCUUGCUGCUGAUUGGUUGUCUAGGUCUGGUAGUGAUGGCGUACCAGUGGUUCAUCAUCCCGACUUUGUUGUUGGUGGCAUUUACAUUCUACCUCUUCAGUCUGUGCUUACCGACAACCAAGGCUUUGGAGAUAAUCGAGACAAAAUUGUGGAGACCCGUAGAAGCCUACUUCCAGCUGAGUGAAGAUGAGAUCGUGACGCUGCGGUCUCUUAAAGCCAGCGAUUUCUACCGAAGACAAUUUGCUGAACAUCAGGAUCGUCACUCUUCGGCACUGUUCCUGCUACAGUCUGUGACGGAGGCCCUCAGCUUGUGGCUUAGCCUGGCCUGUGUGGCCUUCACCACCUGUAUCACUCUGGUCUUCUACUUCAUGGAGGAGCCGAGACCAGUUGUGGCGUUGGGUACCUACUCCUGCCUCAUGGUUACCAACCUUCUGCCGUUUCUUGUGGCGGACUCGACCCUCGCCUCUCGACUGGUGGAGACCGUCAGACACAUGGUGCAGGCUUGCCAACUGCCGGAGGAAACUUCAGACUCCUCUCAAGUCGGCACCAUCAAUCCUGUCUUUUCAGGAGACGUGGACUUCCCAGUGGUGUCGGAGGGAUGGCCCUACUCAGGGGAGAUCCAAGCGAUCAAUCUGACCCUCACUAACAAACCAGGCACGCACGCCACCCUUGAAAAUCUCAACUUUGUGAUCAAACCACGCGAAACAGUCGGCAUCGUGGGCAGUGGGAAAUCGUCUCUGUUGGCAGCACUGCUGAGGCUGGAGGAACCCUCAGGGGGCGGCUGCGUCCUCAUUGACAAAGUGGACACGAGGGACGUGUCUGUGAAACUUCUGCGUUCAAAAAUCUCUGUGAUUCCUCGACAUCCGAUAUUUUUCGCUGGAGUGCUCAGGACCAAUCUUGACCCUCACGAUCAGAUCUCGGACUCUGCACUGUGGGAGGCUAUUGAAAAGGUAGGUCUGUUGGAGGCUGUGUCUUCUCUACCCUUCGGUCUGCUCACAGAGUCCAGGCACUGGGACAAGACGUUCUCGGCAGCUCAGCGCCAACUGCUCCACCUCGCACUGGCCAUCAUUGCUGCCAACCGCAUUCUCAUCAUCGAUCUGACUUCCCGCAACACGCUUCCCGAGAGUGACAAGAGCUUGGUCAACCUUGUACGGAAGCUGCUGCCGUCCUCUACGGUCAUCAUAAUGUCGGAGCGCCUCAGGCUUGUCAUGGGUACGGAUCGGGUAUUGGUGCUUGAUUCAGGCAAGAUGGCGGAGUACGGCCACCCGUACCUGAUCCUGCAGAACAAGCACAGUCACCUCAACAAGAUGAUACAAGACGCUGGGCCGCUAGAGCUUCACAAUGAGCUAUUUGACAUCGCCAAGCAGGCAUACAUGUCCGAGCACACGGCUGUGAUAAUCAGGGAGGAAUCCAUCGAAUCUGUCGAUACUGCUAUACACAUCUAGUUAUAAUAUGAUCAAUCGAUACUUUCAAUCGUAUUAGACAGUAUGGGUCAUAGAGGAAUCCAUCGAAUCUGUCGAUACUGCUGUACACAUCUAGUUAUAAUAAGAUCAAUCGAUACUUUCAAUCGUAUUAGACAGCAUGGGUCAUAGAGGAAUCCAUCGAAUCUGUCGAUACUGCUGUACACAUCUAGUUAUAUAAUAAGAUCAAUCGAUACUUUCAAUCGUAUUAGACAGUAUGGGUCAUAGAGGAAUCCAUCGAAUCUGUCGAUACUGCUGUACACAUCUAGUUAUAAUAAGAUCAAUCGAUACUUUCAAUCUUAUUAGACAGCAUGAGUCAUAGAGGAAUCCAUCGAAUCUGUCGAUACUGCUGUACACAUCUAGUUAUAAUAAGAUCAAUCGAUACUUUAAAUCGUAUUAGACAGAAUGAUUCAUAGAGAACAUAUUCGAAUAGACGCUAAGAAAAACUAAGUUCUUAAUCUUACAAGUGUGUAAUAAAUAUAUAACAUAAGAAUUUCCUCUAAGUAGCAUAUAUAUACAAGCAUGUGUACAUCACUAAGGCUACAUCAUGUAAUAAUACACAUUUAGUAAAAUUAUUGAGGUAUUCCUGAUUAUAAUAAACUCAUCAAGAGAACGAAACUACUCCACCGCUUGUAUUGCGUAGUUCUUGGUUAUGUAUUUAAAAUUUAAACCAAUAAUGACGAAGUUUGUGUUUAUUACUUUAUUAAACACUAUCUAGCAGACAAAUAGCUUGUAAAAUGUGUAAUGUACAAAUAAUUUUAAUACGAAGUAGAAUAUUAUUUAUUAUUUUAUUCUUAGUGUAAAGUUUUUUUGGAAGAUACAUUUAUUUUUUAUAUGUAUGUUAAGUGUUAGUAUUAAAAGACUAUUUUUUUAAGAUA